AUGGGUGCCGAUCGGCGGCCGAAGAAUCCCGUUCAGAUCGCCGUGUGGUGGUUAAAAAAGCAGCCGCCUAAGAUUAAGGCGUUUCUCGGCGUAUGCAUCGGGAUUGCGGCGCUGAUAUUUCUGAGAUUCAUGGUGGUGGAUCAUGACAACCUCUUCGUCGCUGCUGAGGCCAUCCAUGCCAUCGGUAUCGGCGUGCUCGUCUACAAGCUGACGCGAGAAAAGAACUGUGCAGGCCUCUCCCUCAAGUCUCAGGAGCUGACAGCGAUAUUUCUGGCCGUCCGACUGUACUGUAGCAUGAUGAUGGAGAAGGACAUUCACACGCUAUUGGAUCUCGCGACUCUGGUUACCACCGCGUGGGUCAUCUACACCAUGCGAUUUCAGCUGCGCUCCACUCUGUCCGAAGACCUUGAUAACCUCGCGCACGUUUACAUUCUGGCGCCGUGCGCCAUCCUGGCGCUGCUGGUGCAUCCGCGCACGUCGCACUUCAUCGUGAACCGCGUGCUCUGGGCCUUCUGCGUCUACCUCGAGGCCGUCUCCGUGCUGCCGCAGCUGCGCGUCAUGCAGAACGCCAAGGUGAGCGCCGGGGAGAAACUGGGGAUGGGAGAGGAAGGGAGUGCGCUUGGCAUAGAUGAAGUGGGGGAGAGGAAGGGGAAGGGUAGGGGUUCGCCCUUCUGCAUGUACCUCGAGGCCGUCUCCGUGCUGCCGCAGCUGCGGGUCAUGCAGAACGCCAAGGUGAGCAGGGGGGGGGAGGCGAAGGGGAGAGAGGAAGGGGGUGCAUUUGGCAUAGAGUGGGCGUUGCAGGGAGGGAGGGAGAGGGGUGGGCCUUCGUAUCCUUCCUUCCUCAUCUGCCUCGCACCCCCAACAGCGUUGAUUACCCCCCCAAACCCCCCCAACAGCGUCGGCUACCCCCCCAAACCCCCUCUUAUCCCCCGUCCCCCUACCCGUUUGUCUUGCACCGCCUUCCUCCUCAUGCCAUCAGCUACUGGGGCCCUUCACACCGCACCUUGUCUCAUCGCUCUGCCCUUGCCCUCUCUCUCCCUCUCUCCCAUCCAACCCCCCUUUCCAUGUCCCCAUCUUGGUGCAUCUCAUCUCUGCUUCGCCCGUCCCCUCUCGCACUCGUCAAGUCUAGUGGAGCCGUUCACAUCGCGCUAUCUAGUGGAGCCCUUUACAGCGCACUAUGUCUUUGCGCUCGGUAUCGCUCGCUUCCUCUCCUGCGCACACUGGAUCCUGCAGGUGAUGGACGGGCACAGCUUCAUCAUGACCACCAUAGGCUACGGCAUGUGGCCUGCCAUGGUGCUGCUCUCAGAGAUCGUGCAGACCUUCAUUCUCGCUGACUUCUGCUACUACUACGUCAGGAGUGUGAUGGAAGGCCAGCUCAUGGUAUUUGUCAUCCCAGCAUCGGCAUCGCCUCUCCAGCGCCGAAUCUUCCUCUUCCUACAAGACAAAUGCAGAAUUCCAGGUUUCCUCCUCGUCCCCUUCUUCUGGCUGUCUCCUCACAAGUGGCUGCUGGUCAUCCUCUGGUUCAUCGCUGCACCGCUGCUUCAAAUAUAUUUCGAGCUCGGCCCACUCUUUAUCCUUGGCACCUGCUUUGCGCUCAUCUUCUUCAACCUUGGCACACGCCAGCAGGGGGAAGCAAGUGCCUACUCUAUUUUCAACGAAGGAUUUCAAGAGCUGCCAGGCACACUCAAUGCACAGCGUCUGGAUGAACAUAUUAGAGCUGGGCAAUUUUAA